CAUAAACAUGUCUUCCUUCACUGUUCUGUUGCUCUGCAUCCAAGCUUGCUUGGUCCAGAAUGUGUUCAGCCAGUGUCUCGGCGCGUACGCACCUGCCACCAUCAUCGCCCCCGCCGCUCUCUCCACCGCCGCUCCCUGCGGCUCCGGCUUAGGCUCCUGCCUUGGCUACGGUGCUGGUCUGGCUGGCUCCUACGGAUUGGCUUCUGGUUUGGGUUAUGACGGACUCGCCUACCCUGGCGCUGCCGGUUACGGCUCUGGAGUCGCCGCGUACGGCGGCGCCGGUGAAGGCAACGUGGCGGUCGUUGGUGAGCUGCCAGUCGCCGGUAACACCGCUCUGUAUGGACAGGUGCCCAUCAUGGGCGCUGUGAGCUUCGGCGGUGCUGUGCCCGCUGCUGGUGCUGUGUCUAUCAGCGGCAACUGUGCUUGCGGCUGCAACACCCCCUACAACACUUAUUUGUACUGA